AUGGAAGGGCGUAAAGACCCUUACCAAAUCGAAUUCAGACGAAUGGCACCUUUGCAAGGAUACGAUGUUGGUGACGGCACUUGGAAGGUCUUAAAGGGACUCGAUAAAGAUGAAUACGAUAAAUUGAUAUACGAGAAUAAAGGUCUUUUAAAGAUAUUUCGGGUUGAGACGGCGAAAUUCAAACUCAACCUCUUUCGGAAGCUUGGCGAGUUCGAUCAAAAGGCAUUCGCAUCUUACUACUCGAGUGACGAGGGAGCUUAUACGGCUAGCCGACAAACGUCUUACAAAGGAGCUCCUUCGGGUCGACAAUCGCGCAGUCGUCGACGAUCUCGAUCUCCUACUUUCAAGGCUGAAUGUUUCAAAUGCGGUUCUAGCAAGCAUGCUAGUCUCACAUGUCAGUUCGCUGAGAUUGGUUUCAAGGCCGCUAAAGCUGCUCGAAUCUUUAAGGAAAGAGAGGAAUCUAAUGAGGCGUCACGGACAUAUCAGCCACCGUUACCCAAAGGAAGACCGACAUCCCUUGGCCCCUUGUACAGAAACAACUCUUUACCACCUUACAAGACAAAGUCCAAUUGGCGUGCUAGAAGCAAAUCUAAUAGCACUCGCAAAGAUGAAAGGGGAUUUGCCGCCGACACAGGAUCUGAUUCUCUAAGCGAGACCUCCGACAUCGAGGAGUUCGCUGGCUUAUCUUGGGAGAAGCGUAUAUCGGCAAAGAAGCUUGCUAGCUCUAGUAUUAUAAGACAAUUCGAUGAUCAGAGGAUGAUCUUCAUACGCAAGUCUGACAACAUGCCUUUGAUUAAGGCUAAAGUGCGGAAUAGAUUGUAUAUCCUUUCGAAGUUCUCUAAGGAGGCUGAUAGAAUGUCCUUCGCUACUAAGAGCACGCAUCACGCUAACCACGACGAUGCUGAUGCCAGCGUUAUGCUUAUACACCCUAAGAAGCUCGCUAAGCAUAGCACUACUAUACUUGGGAAACUCAAUUUUGACGUGGCUAGUCUAUUCCUACCAUCUAUGAGAGGCUACCGAUAUUUUAGCGAGCUCAUAGAUAGCUGGACUCGCAAAACCUGGACCCUUUUGUUCCGAGAUCGGAAAGAAGCUAAGGCAAAAGGAAUAUCUAUUUAUAACACGGAGCCUUAUUCGUUAUACCAGAAUGGCCUUGCGGAGCGCUCUAUCAAAACCACCGAGCACUGCAUUAGGACGGCACUUGAUAAUGCCGAGCUGCUCGUCGAGUUUUGGUGUGAGGCUGUUGAAGCGCAGGCAUACACUCGUGCUAAGCUACGUCGAGGCCUUAAAGUAGUGGAAGAUGUUAUAGACGAAGGCUGUAAAGUCAUUGCCUACGUUCCUCGAGAAUCCCUUUUAGCUAAAACUAGAAAGGAUAAGCUUAUGCCUUCGGGUAGAGAAGGGAUCUUUAUAGGCUACGACGAGAACACUACCUCUUACUAUAAGGUGUACAUUCCCGAGAUGCACAGCACCACUAUCUCGUCUAACGUUGAACUGUCCGACGGUACAUUCAAGGAAUCAGAUGGCACGUACAAUCAGCAUGUCACUCGUGCGCGUAAAGGACGGCCAAGAUUCGCCAACUUACUUACGGUAGACUCGGUCCGUAAUAAGCAGAUUAAACACCUUCCAGACUCCGUCACAAGAGUAAGGGAAGGAUUAGCCCUUGGAACUAGAAAUCACUCACCCGAUAAGACGAUUAACUAUGACCUCGGAACGCCCUCUGUACUAGUAGCGACACCCUUUCGCGUCAUACGAUCUCAAACGAAGAAUGCUGCUCUUCGGAAUAAAGAAUCGGAGGGAGCCGAGGGCACUUCGCUUCCAAAGUCAAUAUCGCUUAUUACCGAGACGAAAUUAAGCGAGGACCUUGGUGAUGAACCGAAGGGCCCGACUCCUUUUAGGCAAGACCACCAAGUUGCACAGGUUACCCUUACAAAGACCACCGGUACAAAACGGAAGGCCGACAAAGAGCUUCCUAAUGCUUCUAAGACAUCAGUCCAGCCUCGGCAAAGCUGGAACUUGCCCGGUACUGAGCUGGAUAAGCGUGCAAGUGAUACUUUUAACCUCGGUAAACGAUAUGCCAGGACUUCUACGUUCCAAACCUCGCUUGUUACGAGGAAGAGAAAAGGCUUGUUAUCAACAGAAGACGAAAAGGCUAUGAUGGCCAUCCUCGAUUGGUUUGAUGAGGCUGACAAUGUGUCGGGUGCCGAAGAGAUAGCAAUGAUAGCGCACGCAGCUAAACAUGACAUCCUUAUUCCUAUUACUUAUAAAGAGGCUGUAGAACAUCCUAUAUACGGCAAGAGAUGGAAGGAAGCUAUUGAUGCCGAGUUUGCUGCGCUUAUUACUAAUCAUACAUAG